UAUUGAUAACGCCAUGAAUGUAAACACAUAAUAUAACAAUAAAUAUUAUGGCUACAACAUAACCUCAUAGUUAAUACGAAAUUGUUCAAAUCCAUCAAACAUGAGUUCAUCAUCAUCUAAAUCUAUAGCCGAGCAAAUAUCUAAAAUGAAUAUUGAUGAGGUAAGAAAAUUAAUAUCUUUUCACGUUAAUCAAGCAAACAAUAAUAACAAUCGUGCAGAUUCAAUAAAAUGGAUAAGUGCAUUGAUUACUUCCAAUAUGAUGCGGACUUUGAGAGAUCCAUCUUUUCAUGAAUCUCUAUUUCUAUUGAAACCAUUGAAAAAUGUGUCAUCUUAUCAUUGGAAAUUAUUAAAAUUAAAAGGACGAUUAGAUACGAUAACUGAACGAAUGAUAAAAAGAAAAAGUGGAACUUUGGAACCUUACACUACUUAUAUGGAUGAAGAUUCAACUGAUAAAAUUGAUAAAUUUUUAUUAAUGAGUCAAGUAAAACCAUUGGAGUCCGAUGACGAUGACAUGGAUUUAAAUAAAAUUAUAUAAUUUAUUUUAAUAUAAAUAAAUUGUAAACAAAUUAAUAAUGUAAUGUAUGUGUAUAAAUAUUAAAUUGUAUCAUUUGAACUGUAUUUUACAAAG